AUGCAAGGAAGUCAGCUGAAAAGCUAAGGUAUACGUUUUUCGAAUCAAUAAUCAUUAUUCACCGAGUUGCAGCUGAGAAUUAAAACAAAGAGAAACAAUGAAGCAAUAUCUGCUCGCGGUAGCAGCCGUGGCACUACUGCUCGCCACCGAUCAUGCCCAAGCCCAGAGGCAGCGCUUACAUCCGCUGUCGGAAAAGUUCAUCGAACAGAUCAACAGCAAGGCGACGACCUGGCGAGCGGGUCCUAACUUUUCCCCGGAAACGUCCAUGAGCUUCAUCCGUGGGCUGAUGGGAGUCCACAAGGAUGCGGACAAGUUCAAGCCUCCACUAUACGUGCACGAAAUCGAGGACGACGAGGACCUCCCGGAGAACUUCGACUCACGUGAGCAAUGGCCGAAUUGCCCCACCAUUGGGGAGAUCCGCGAUCAGGGAUCCUGUGGAUCAUGCUGGGCGUUCGGAGCCGUGGAAGCCAUGUCCGAUCGUAUCUGCAUUCACUCCGAAGGGAAGGUCCACUUCCGCGUUUCUGCUGAAGACUUGGUAGCUUGCUGUCACACGUGCGGUUUUGGAUGCAAUGGUGGAUUCCCGGGCGCCGCCUGGAGCUACUGGGUCCGCAAGGGACUGGUCAGUGGCGGUCCGUUCGGAUCGGAUCAGGGUUGCCAACCGUACGCAAUUGCACCGUGUGAACAUCACGUCAAUGGAACGCGUCCAUCGUGCGAGGGUGAAGGCGGUAAGACUCCGAAGUGUGUCAAGAAGUGCCAAGCCAGCUACAAUGUCCCCUACGCCAAGGAUAAGCGGUACGGAAAGUCGUCCUACUCGAUUGGCAGCCACGAACAGCAGAUUCAGAAGGAAAUUAUGACCAAUGGUCCGGUGGAGGCUGCCUUCACGGUUUACGAGGAUCUGCUGAACUACAAGGAAGGUGUCUACCAGCACGUGACGGGCAAGAUGCUCGGCGGUCAUGCGAUCCGUAUGGUCGGCUGGGGUGUGGAGGAGGGAACCAAAUACUGGCUGAUUGCCAACUCGUGGAACAGCGACUGGGGCGAUAAUGGAUUCUUCAAGAUUCUGCGCGGAAAGGAUCACCUGGGUAUUGAGAGCUCUAUCGCCGCUGGGUUGCCAAAGAUUUAAGCACGCGGAAGGGUAAAGGUGAAACAGGUAACUUUACGAGACUUGAGGUAGCGAGUAUUGCAUCAUUCCAGUUGAAAGGAGGGAGAGGGAGAAUUAUGGUUUUCCUAGUAGACAUUAUGAGGCUCAUUUUUAGCGGUAGCAGUGCGGAGUUUCACUGGUUAAUAAAGAUCACAUUAGAUGAUAA